GGCGGGAUGGGAGGUGGUAUGCCUGCCCAGAGUGCCAACCUCGAUGUCGCUGUCGCAGAGCUCGACAUGAUAACCGACGUCUUUAACCGGAUCGUUUCAUCGUGUCAUUCGAAAUGUAUCAACCCCCGGUACGCGGAGGCAGACCUGAACAAGGGAGAAAGCGUCUGCAUCGAUCGAUGUGUCGCAAAAUUCUUCGAGGUUAACAAGAAAGUUGGGGAGAGGAUGCAGACUAUGGGCGGGGCUGCUGCUGGGGGC